AUGCAGGCCCAGCUUCCCACUGUCCCCAUAAUUUUAGAUUCGGCAGUAGUAACUGGACGUGAUUCUGCAGAAACCCGUGUACCGGAAGGUAUUACUAUUGGUGUCAUCGGGGACGAGAAAUGGACGAAGGCGAAGGCGACGAACGGCGGCUUUGGCUGGAACGUGAAGUAUCCGGGAAAAGACCCAGAAGAUCGAUCAAUGAAUCAGGCGCGGCGCAGCGUCAGCGAAUGGGACAAUGGACAGAAAACAAGGGUUGAAGUACCAAUGAUGCAACGCUGCACAGCCUGUGAGCCAUUCAAAGCAGUGGAAAUAUGGGGUAUUCGGCCCCAGUUAGACGCCAAAAUCCUGUCUGUUAAAAUAACAUACGGAGUUUGCCGUAUGAUGCAGUCACUUCGGCGCUCCAAGUGGCCGAGGCGCGGUCAGCCAGCUAUUUUAAUGUUCGGUUUUUUACACUCGUCUGGAAGGAUUAUGUUCAGGGUCCGUUUCAUGAUGGGAGAGUAUGGCGUGAACAUUUCCGUGUUCCGAACACGAGAUAUGGUUACUUUGGUGACUUUUGCUGGCUUCAAGUUCGGACGGACAGUACGCAGGAAGUACUUCAGCGAAAUGGCAAAGGAAUAA